ACAAUGCGAGGUACGUGCGAAAUGACACGAGCGGUCAGUUAAGUUUGUCGAGGUGGCUCGAGUUGAGUUGUCGUGGAUAUUUUUGUUUAAAGUUUAAAAUGACUUCGCUGUUGUCCACCUUAAACAGGUGCUUACGCUCUACAGCGCGACUCUGUAACGUGUCUCAACCCAAAGUCGUGUAUAAAUCCCACUUUAUAGCAGGAGGAAGAUGGUCUACAAGAUGGUCUUCAAGGUUCACACACACGACCGAGGCGGCGCGUGGAUCACCUGCUUCCGGUAAAUAUAGAAAAGGUGUGCUGAUAGCCACCGGUGUGUUCGGUACCGUCGCUGCAGGCGUGUGUCAUCUCCAGCAGGCUGAAAUGGCAACCAGGGUGAAGAAGAUGGAGGAAGAGGAGGAAGGAAACGUCGCGGAGAGAUGCAGGAGUUUCAUGUCUCCUCCGGUCACCGACGUGCGCGUGCUGGAGCGGAGGAAGCAGGAGAUGAGCAGCAGGAUGGAGAUGCUCAUCAUGGAGACCCAGGCUGAGUUCUGCAGAGCGCUCCAGGAGGUGGAUGGAGGAACCUUCAAGGUGGACCGCUGGAGCCGUGAGGAAGGUGGCGGAGGAGUCAGCUGUGUGUUACAGGACAGUAAGAUGUUUGAGAAGGCCGGCGUGAACGUCUCGGUGGUGUCCGGUCACCUGUCUGAAGAAGCGGCCAAACAGAUGCGCAGUCGCGGAAAACAGCUGAAGGCGAAAGACGGGAAGCUGCCCUUCAUCGCUAUGGGCGUCAGCUCUGUGAUCCACCCCAAAAACCCCCACAUUCCCACAGUGCACUUCAACUACAGAUACUUUGAGGUGGAGGAAGCAGACGGCAGUAAGCAGUGGUGGUUUGGAGGAGGAACUGAUCUGACUCCAGUCUACAUUGACGAGGCAGACGCUGUUCAUUUCCACAGUGUUCUCCGUGACGCCUGUAACAAGCACAACCCGCAGUAUUACCCCGACUUCAAGAAGUGGUGCGACCGGUACUUCUUCAUCCGGCAUCGCGGUGAGACCCGGGGCAUCGGCGGGAUUUUCUUUGACGAUCUGGACUCGCCCAAUCAGGAGGAGGCGUUCAGCUUUGUGAAGAGCUGCGCCAAGACGGUGGUGCCGUGCUACCUGCCCAUCGUCCGCAAACACCUCGACGACAAGUUCACGCAGCAGGAGAAAGACUGGCAGCAGAUCAGACGCGGCAGGUACGUGGAAUUCAACCUGGUCUACGAUCGCGGGGUGAAGUUCGGCCUCGCUACUCCCGGCUCCAGAGUCGAGAGCAUCAUCAUGUCUCUACCUCUCACAGCACGAUGGGAGUACAUGCACGAGCCCACUCGAGGCACUAAAGAAGCGGACAUGCUGGAAGUUUUACGCAACCCUAAGGAGUGGGUCUGAAGUCACACGCGGAGGCACUACAAGUCAUUAUAACGGUGACGAUGUCAUCGUCGAAUCGCUCUCAGGCUCGUAACCGCGACUUCGUCCUCGGCGUCUUUCUGCCUUUACGUCUGUUUCAGACUCGCCUCGCUGAUACUAACCCUGGUCUGUACGGGACAUGUCCCUUUUCACCCGUGUCUCCUUUUUUAACACUUCCUCUUUAGCUUAGCGAGUGAUUUCUGCUGAUUCACGGCCUGAAGAACUGCUGCUCGUCUCCUGCGGUAUCGUUUCAGGUUGUAUGCGUCUGAGACCGGACCGGGCUGUACGACGUGAAUUCUACUGCUCAUGUGACACACUUUGUAAUUAUUUUAGAAGAAGAUCGAAUUUCUAGACGAUUAUAAAUGUUAUUCUUGUUAAAGGACCGUCCGCCCCUUGAGAGUGGGUGAAGAUGUGGCAUCGUGAUGUUAAAGGAAUACUUGAACAGUGUUUAUUUUUUAUCCUAAUCCCCAUCGUUCACACUCGUAGCGUAUGUUAUAAGCACAGACGAGGAUUUUUAACGGACGUUUUUCCUGCACUCGGGAACGAGAACUCGGCUACUGCCGGCGUAGGACAGAAGUCUGAGGGCGGCUGUUGAUCUUCGUUAAUAAACACGCGAUUGUAAAAUGGAGUUUUAAGAGACUAAAGGUCGGACAGAGACGAGAGAACGUCUUUUAUUAAAUCUGUUCUUCUGCUGUUUGACGCAGUUGACGGAGAUGCAGUAAUAAAAAAAAAGUAGUUCCGUCUCAUUCUCGUUGUAUCCGUGCGCCAUUAGAGCUACGACUACGCUGUAACGUUAGCGCAGUUACACCUUCCUCCCUCGGGAAAAGUAGUUCCGGAUCGGACCGAUUUUAGAGCUCCGUUUAUGUGUGACGAACACCACCUGAAGAAUUUAUGGGAAAAUAGUUCUCCUUAAAAUAAAACCUUUUUAUGAGAAAUAUCCGACAGCUGCCCUCAGACCCCCGUUCUAAGCGAUCUAACGGGUUUCCUGCUGGAGAAACCUGGAGAAAUUCCUGAGGAUGUUCCUUUUAAGCGUUCAAAUAAAAUUGCAUCAAUUGAAAUACGACAUUAAAACCUCUGGCUUUGCUUUAGAGAACUUUGUGUUCAUAUGAUCCAUCAUGAUUUCCAUAAGAGACGGUAUUAUUACAUGUUCAUACGCCUUUAUCACGGGGGAAUACGUUUCUAAAAUGACUUUGGCUUUGCUUUUAAUAAAAACGAGAAUUUCUUCGUAUAAUCUGCAUUGUUUUUUUGUAUUUUUUAUUUUUUUAUUUUGACAAAUCUGAAAUUAAAAUGCAUCCAACACUA